ACAGGAAGUCAUUUAUAUCAACGUAAAGGGUUCGAGUUUAAUGUUUCAGGACAUGUUAAUGCCACGAAUACUCAACUAGUUUUUUUUCCAGAGAAAUAGAGCAUGAUUUUAUUUAUUUCAUAUUCUUAUAAUUUUACAUGCGCCAUCAGUAUUUAUUGGUGAUUUAGUCCUGAAGAAACUCACACCCCUUUGUGAUUUGCAACUUACUACUGCCAAUGGUAAUCCGUAAUAGUUAACACUUCAUCAGGAGAACAAGUGAGCACUGAUUACAUUUCCAGGUUGUUUUUACUUGUUAGUUGAUAGGCUUACUGAAUCAUUGAACUAAUAUUGCUGUAGAUUGCUUUUUUAUUUUAUUUUCUGGUGAUAUCUCUGUUUCAUGGUUUGGUUCUGCGCAUGGUGUGUCAUGAAAGAAAUACAUAGAUGAUUUGUCACACAGUACCUUUUUUUCCCGUCCGCCCAUGCUCUCCCUCUGUACAUAUUUUUAUUCUUUUUCUUUUCUGCUUAUGUCCCAGGUCCAUUUCGCUUACCCUUGUGGAUAUCGUGGUUCGCUUUGAAGUUACAUUUGUGCUAACACAAUCUAACUAGCUAGGUUAAGCUAUACUCUUUGUUUACUUAGUGGUGUAAAUCUGUAAAGAAAGUCAAUACUUAGUUUUAGUUGAGCUUUCUAUAAAAUAUGGAAAGGAAGACUGGAAUGGGGCUGGAUGAAAAUGUUCUGAAAGCUACUGACCGCAAGAGGAAACAUGAGUCUGCUGUGAAAAGAACUGGCACAGAUGAUUCUGCUGAGGUCUCUCAGCAUGCUGAUGGUUCUGGUCUCCUUAAGAAGUCUAAAAUGACCUUCUGUGCUGGCCAUAUUCUGGAGUGGUAUAAGAACUUCAAGACAAGUGGGUUGCCCGUGCGCGUGCUUUGUUAUCACCAGGGUAAAUGGAAGGACUUUCCAGAGCACGUUGUGAAUCUGGUACAGCAGGACUUCCAGUUGAAGAGGCCAAUUACUAAUGCUGUAUUCAAGAACCAGCAAGUUCUGUUGGACUUUAUGCACAUGGUCUGCAUUGAUUCUGCGGUGACCACAAACAAGCCAAUAGCAUGGAUUGAUGUUCAUGGUAAACGCUUCUUUCCAGAUUUAUGUGCUGGACUGAUAACAUCUAAACCAUCUCAGCAUGGGGAAAGUGACCCUAGUGGUAAAUCUGAAGCUGGUGAGUGUGCUGGGACUUUGAUUUUAACAGCUGCAGCUGAAAGCUUGAGUUCAGAUUCUGUUGAUGCAGUACUCCCUCAUGUUAAUAAGGCUAAUAAGAUACUGGAGCAAGAACAGAAGGUACAUAAUGAUGCUGUUGUUGAAAAUAAAGCUGGUCCUGCAAUCUGUUUGAAUGAAUCUGCUCAUGGAACCAUACAUGCUGCUACUUGUAAGCAGAAAAUUGGCCAACGUGUUGAUUCAGCUGUGCGGAAAUUAUUACUUGAAGGGGUAGGCCAACCUUUCAGUGAAGAAGAUAUUAUUGGCAUCUACAGGACCCCUCUUGUUGAUCAGCAAGGACGGGCUCGCUUCAAUCUUUUCCAGAAGGAACUUGAAGUCACCAAGAUGCACCGUGGGAACGCAAAUGUGCGUUACGCGUGGCUGCCUUGUUCCAAGGAUGCUAUGGAGGAGAUGAUGUUGCGUGGUGUUCUGGAAGUUACAAAACCAAUGCUGGGGCCAAUGUAUGGCAUUGGCACACAUCUUGCUCCAGCGAACUGCGCCCAAACCUGUGCCAGCUACUCAGAUAUUGACGAAAAUGGCAUCAUGAGGAUGAUGCUGUGCCGUGUUAUAAUGGGGAAUGUUGAGGUUGUACUUCCUGGAUCAAAGCAAUUCCAGCCAACCAAUGGAACAUUUGAUAGUGGCGUGGAUGAUCUUCAAAAGCCAAAGCACUAUAUCAUAUGGGAUGCUAAUGUACAUCGACAUAUCUAUGCUGAAUAUGCUGUUCUUAUCAAAGCACCUUCCAUGACCAAUGAAUACUUGGCUAGAGAAGAUACUGCAUCCAACGUAUCUGAGAUACGAAAUUCUGGUUCAGAAGAAAGUGUAAUCAAGGACGAUAGUUCCGAGUCCUUGGCAUCUCCAGCUGAUAAACAACAAGCACCCAGGUUUGGGCGUGCUCCAACUCGAAGGCCUCCUACUUCACCCUGGAUGCCCCUCCCAAUGCUUUUUGCUGCCAUCUCCACAAAAGUUCCUCGUUCUGACAUGGACAUAAUCCAUGGACACUAUGAAGAAUUCAAGAGGAGAAAGAUAAGCAGGCCCGAUUUUGUGAGACGGCUAAGACAGAUUGUCGGUGACAAGCUGCUGGUUUCUACAGUAGUGAGGCUGCAACCUAAGGAAGUGCCACCCAUGGCAGGUGCUGAACUGCUACCAAGAAGAGCACCCGGCACGGGAGAGCAGCACCUCCAUAAGUAGCAGUUCGUUGAGAUAACAGCUCGUGGAUCCGCUCCUAUGGAGACGGAGAGCACAAGGACAUCCAUUAAGUUAUACAGUAUGUCAGUUCGUUAUAGACAAAACCAGUCAGUAAUCUGUGAGCAGCCUGUUAAGUUGGUGUAGCUUUGUUUGGUUCCAUCCGGUUGGUUGGUUUCUCGGCGUCAGUUAGUAACUGGAAACACUCUGUUGUAGCCGCUGCGUGUUCCGUGCAAAUCUGUUUGCAGCUUGUACCGUGAUGUACCUGGUAGAUUUGUUCUUUUAAUUUUGAGCUGAUGUUGAGUUUCA